CAAGAGAGUCGAUCCUCUGACGUUUGGAAUACUUUAUAGUUUUUAACUUACUUGAACCAUCUCCCAAUUUGCAAAAAGUCACUUCAUUCAGGAUCUUGCUACGGCCCCCUCACCUGGCGGCUGCCGGUUGAUUUCUUGGUGAUAGCAUGAACAAUAAUUCUGUGGACAUCCAUCUUCUCCUGAACAAUUGAUGAGAUUUAACUGAUCAAUGGAAAGUAUGGCAACGCUUCAUCUUCAUCAGCCAAUUUCAAGCUUCCCAACCAGAACGAAAUCUCUUGAAUCCGCCAAGUGUAGAAGAACAAAUUCCCAGAAUGGAAGUCUUUUUGCUGUGGGACUUAGAUUCCAUGGAGGAGCAAAUAAAUGUAAGUUUUACAAUCACCACCGACACUCCACACCCAUCUAUGCAACAACGAACAUAGGUGAUGGUCAGCCGCCUUUCUGUGUCUCUGAUGAAAACACAAAUACAAACCAUGCCCCCAGCCCUAUCCCCAGCCCCAGCCCCAGCCCCAACCCACAAACCCUUUUAAGCAAAUGGUCUCCUCCAAGGUACCUAUGGAGGGGAUUGUCGGUACUCAUCCUUGCAGGACAGGUCAUUAUCAGGGUUUUGAAGGGCAGAGUCCAUUGGAGGAAUACCCUUCAGCAGUUGGAGAGGGUAGGGCCAAGAUCAGUUGGGGUCUGCCUCUUGACUUCAGCUUUUGUGGGUAUGGCCUUUACCAUUCAAUUUGUCAGAGAGUUUACUAGACUAGGGUUAAAUAGGUCUGUGGGAGCUGUUUUAGCCCUAGCCUUCUCAAGAGAGCUGAGCCCUGUUAUCACAUCCAUCGUAGUUGCUGGCCGUAUAGGAAGUGCAUUUGCAGCAGAAUUAGGGACAAUGCAGGUCUCUGAGCAGACAGACACUCUGCGAGUACUUGGAGCUAAUCCUGUGGAUUACCUUGUUACCCCGAGGGUGAUUGCUACUUGUGUUGCUUUGCCAAUUUUGACUCUUAUGUGUUUCACCAUUGGAAUGGCUUCUAGUGCUCUCCUGGCUGAUGGUGUAUAUGGUGUUAGUGUCAACAUUAUAUUGGAUUCAGCUCAGAGGGCUCUCAGGCCUUGGGAUAUAGUCAGUGCAAUGAUCAAGUCGCAGGUGUUUGGUGGGAUCAUUGCUGUUGUGAGCUGUUCAUGGGGGGUUACCACUCUGGGAGGUGCAAAAGGUGUUGGUGAGUCCACCACUUCGGCGGUGGUGAUAUCACUUGUUUGUAUCUUCAUUGCUGAUUUUGCCCUCUCCUGUUGCUUCUUUCAGGGUGCAGGAGAUUCACUCAAGACCAUGUAAUGGUUCUUAGUCUCUCUGUUUCUUUUUGAAAAGUUUGUAAUGUCCAGCUGGAAAUUCUCUAUUGUUAAAUUUUGUAAUGAUUGGUACAAUAAUUAUGAUGGCUUGAAGUUGAUCAAUGGUCAGUCUGUACAAAGAAGUAAAGUUUAUAAAACCUCCUUUUCUUUUUGUUCUAAAA